AUGCACUAUUACUCCUCUUUCCCUAUUGGUCGUUGCCCUUCGUUGUGUGCACCACAAUUGACCAUGAACACGGAAAACCACAAAAUGUCGGGUGGUGUGCACAAAGCUGGUGAAACCUUUGCGGUACAGAUAAAGGGGAGGCUGACCAAGGCAACCCACAUUGAACAACUCCUUCCCCGCUCAUUUCUCUGUUUAUCACUUUAUUCUCAUUUAAUUCGCCCAUAUUCCUUUUCUCCGGCGUACUUUCCGAUUCUCCGGCAAAAUCCUUCGCUUCAUGGCACAGGGACGAAGCUAAUUUCCGGCAGAGGUCCUCUAUUAGGUUCAUUCAAGACAAAUGACAAAAAUACCCCCACGAAUCGCCCAAAUCCGUCUCGUGAGCUCACACCCGCAAGUCUACGCGCCAUGCGAUGA